AAAGGGGUCCCUCUCUCACUUAUUAGCUAAAUGAGACAAAAGGAACCCAUCCCCCUCCUUCCUCCUCAUUGUACUCGACCAAGCUACCCAAGAAAGAGGAAGAAACAUCUCUCCAACCCUCCUCCAUUGCUGCAACUCGAGCUCAACCAAGAAGGAUCCAAGAAGUGGGAUUAAAGAAGGAAAAAGGCUAGGAAAAGUGUGUAAAAUUAAGGCACUUGUAAAGGGUAUUUCAAGUGAUUUCACAAAGUUGGAAAAGUCGCCGGAGUUGUCACCGGAGUUGACCAAAAGUCGCCGGAGUUUCACCGGAGUUCAACCAAGAAGGGUAGAACUUCUUAACGCUAGUUCAAGGUUGAAGCUAGAGCUUGCUACUUGCACCUUCUCACGGGUGAUAUCACAUCAGGAAGACGUGAAAUGGAGGGCAGGAGAAUGAGGACCAGGAACAAUCCGAGGGGGCAGGCGCCGGUAGCAUCCCAAAGGGGAAGCCGGGCUGCAUCUCGGGGUUCGAGAGGAGGCCGUGGAGGCCGUGGAAGCCGUGGAGGUCAUCAAGCUCAAACUGUGAGUGAUGGCCAUGUGAGCUCGGUGUAUGAGACCAACACCGAAGACUACGACUCAACCUACGUGCCAGAGACAGAGCAUGAAGAGACCCCGUAUGAUGGGGGUGACACGUACACCGAUGAUGAUGAUGAAGAGAGUGAUGCCAAGUUCGCCCAAAUGGGCGAGUUGCUUGAAUGGUAUCAAAAAGAAAAAUUGAGGAGGGACCUUAGGCGCCAAGCGAGGCGUGGCUCUCGCGGUGGUUCGGGUCAAGGAAGCCGGGGAGCUUCCGUGGCCACCCCAGCGGCGUCACAAGGUGGGCGUGAAGGAGGUUUUGUCGUGAGAAUCUCCAAGUACCUCAAGGAGGCUAGGGCCUUGGGGUGUAGGUCCUUUGACGGCACCGGUGACAUUACCGUUGCCGCCGAUUGGAUUAAGAAGGUGAAGGAUGCAUCAAGAGACAUGCAAAUCACACCGGACGUGAAGUUGACUGUCGCUUCACGGCUACUUGAAGGGAUAGCCUCUACGUGGUGGGAGAGCGUGGAGGGGAAGUACCAUGGGGAAAUAACAUGGGCGGACUUUGAGCUAGAGUUCUAUGCUCAAUACUACUCCGAGUACGAGGUGAAUGUGAAACGGAGAGAGUACACUAACCUCAAACAGAAAGAUGGCGGCACAGUUAAACAACUGGAACAAGAGUUUAGAACCUUGGCUAGGUUCUUGCCGGAGUACGCGGUUGAUGAGAACCGCAUGACGGAGCACUUUUGGGAUGCCCUACUCUUGGACAUUCGUGACCGAGCUACGUACUCGCGCCACAUGACCUUCAGCGAGGUGGUGGAACAGGGCCUUCUCGGGGAGGCCCAAUGGAAUGAGAGGAAAGAGAGAGACGCCGAAGAGGCGAAAAAGAGAAAAUGGCAAAGCUCGGGGCCGCCCGAGCAAGCACGGAGGGAUAAACACGGCGGAGGUGGGGGUUCGUUCAAAACACCGGCACCACCGACAAAGAAGAACAAGGAUGCUCGGUGGCAUGCAUCCUCCUCCCAAAAGACGGGACCCCCUAGGUGUGCUAAUUGUUCGAAAAAUCACUUUGGGAAAUGCAAUGCACCCCCAAGGUGUUAUCAAUGUGGGAACACGGGUCACAUGAAGGCCAAUUGCCCACAACUAGGGGGAGGAGGAGCUCCGGGAUCCGGAGGAGGAACCAUGACGGGAAGAAACCGUGCGGGACCGUCAAACGGCGGUACGGGAAGAGGCAACGCAUCCACAAGUCAUGCCGCGUCCGUAAAUCAAGGCGGGACCCAAGCACGAGUGUACGCAAUGACCGAGGCGGAUGCACGAGCAAACCCGGACUCCGUUGCAGGUUGAAGCUAGAGCUUGCUACUUGCACCUUCUCACGGGUGAUAUCACAUCAGGAAGACGUGGUUCGUGCUUCCUUAUUUUCUUUCAAACUACCGAACACUUGCUCAUGGAUAUUUGUUUACUAUAAACACUUUUUGGGCUUGCAUGCCCAUGUUGUUGGCCGGUUGUGGCUCAUGACUUACCGUUGAAUAUUUCCGCUAUUCAUUGGUUUAAAUGUGAUGUUGUUAUGUAUGUUUACUACUGAGUAUGGAUGAAUUGUUUUCUCGAACGCCUUGUGUAAUUAAGUGAGGUUGACUCGUGGGUGACGUCACUUAGUUAUACGGCGGUUGUACACGCGCUUGGAUUGCGGUCUGGGGCGUGACACACUGAUUUCUGAGUGAGGAGCUUCAGCACUUGAUCCUUCAUCUUUAUGUUCUUCACCAUAGGAUUUUCACGACAUCCAAGUAAUUCUUGCAUCUCACUGUGGUCAUCACCUUGGAGGAUUAUUCCUUCAGGUUGCUCUAAAAUAUCCAAAGCAUCAAAGAUAGGAAUCUCUGGCAGGCAAUCAUCUUGAGUUUGACCCUUCAGAAAAUGUUUCUCUCCUCUCCACGAGAUUGGAGAUGUAUCAGAUGUAUCAAUGAUCAAAGGGGAUCUGCCAAAGGAAGUACAUGAUUUCUGAAAUUUCAGCCUUUGCACUCCAAGAGAUUCCACACAUAGUUGCUGAGAUCCCACCUUUAAUUCACAUUUCACAAGAGACCCGUCUGUUGCUGCAAGUACUCCAUCCCUUGCAGCUUUAUUAAUUAACAAUCACCACCUUUUCAUUCCCAGCACAUAUGGGAACUGUCAGCAGGAAAGUCUGUCCACAAAAUCCUUGGUCCGACAAACUACUAUCGCUGAGAAUUUUUUUCUUUGGCUUUGAGAAGCUUUCGCAUACAGCUCUAACUCGUCCAAGCUCAUCAGUAUUAGUGACAAUUGACUUCCUGGAUGUUGUCAUCUGGCACUUGUUCAACCCCACCAUAGACACAGAAUCUCCACGACAAAGCGGUGGUUCAGCAAGGAGUUUGGCAGUAUAAACAGAUGGUGGCACAUGAACUUGCAGCACCACAAGAGGGGGUUCAACCACACACUCAGCAACAGAGGCAUUUGCUGAUUUUGUCACAAAACCAUCACAAUCUCUUAUUACCUCAUCAUCUAUCUUGGUCUCAAUCAAUUUUUCUUUUGUAAGUACUUGUGAGGAACCAUCAGAUAGAACAAUUUCAUCAGCUAACAAGCUCUUUUUCUCUGAAACUAACUUAUGACUGAUUUGCAUAUCUGUAACACCAUCUAUUGACUUGUUUUUAAAAUGUUGAGCUAUUUCAUUCAUUGGAGUUUCACCAACACAAUCAACACUUCUGUAGAACAAACCUUCGUUAUCGGAAUGGAUGCCAGAUAAAAGAAGCAAGCCUGGGGAUAAAACUGGCUUAGCCAUCCAUAAGCCAGGACUGUCAUUACUGUUGUACAUCUUUGGUUUCCAAGGAUCUCUCGGACUAUCAGGUAGAGCUCCAGUAGGUUGCGAUGUAUCCUCUUCUGGCUUCGACUCCAGGACUGAAGGUGCAGCUGUUUUCAAUUCUGUGUUCAUUGUGGUUAGUUGAGUCCCCUGCAGUCCCUUUCCUGAUGCGACUAAGUCGAUGGUUUUGCAGGCGGGUGAAUCUAACACAAGGUGAGAAAGGACAAACGAGGAUGAGCUGUGAGAUCGGGCGAGUGAGGAAACCUGCAAACUCAGAGACUUGGCUUGCGGCUUCGAACUGGAGAAGUUGCUAGCGACUACGACUGUUGGCCGCAAAUCUGACGGAUUAGGAGAAGUUGCUUGCAGAAACCCCUGAGAACUAGAAGCUACUGUUCGAGACGAAGGUGAAGCAGUCAGUGAUGACGUUUGCGAUUGCGAAGAGGAAAUUUGAGUAUGCGAACUGUUAGAAAUUGUCAAUUGCGAUCUGGGAGCUUCUUCAUGCGACACAGUCUGCGCACUUGGGGACGAAGAUGAUACCUGAUAGUAAGUUGGCCGACGGUGUCUAGGAGGGCUUCUAGCUCGGUCUCUAUGUCGCUUGAGUCUGUGUCGAAUUUUGCCAAACAUAUGGCGCAUCUCCUUAGCCCAAUCACUUUCAACCUUUUCCGCCAGCUUCUCUCCUUUUCUGAGCGACGCAUCCUGAUAGGAUCUUCCAUGCUCUCUGCGCAGUUCCUUUCCGCCAUGAGUAGACACACACUCCUCAGUGUUUGCGCGCAAACCAGAGGCGAUCGCUUUCCGUUCUGACCUUCGAUAGUCCUCGCGCCGCUCCAUUUCUUUUACCGCGUGACUUAGAUCGAAGCUUCCCGGGACAACUGCUCUGAUACCAAUGAUAGGUACAGGGAAGAAUCUGGCGAUGAAUUGGUUAUUUACUAAACUGAAAUUGAAGAAACAAAAAGUGACGAUACAGAUGAGGGCAAAUUCGAGAGUGCCUCGUCUCUCCCAAGUUCCAGUCCAAUCCAAGUUCUGCCUAACCUCCCCCUCUCUCCUUCCCACUCUUAUAGUACUUAUAUUCUAACGGGCCAGCCCAUAUUUUAUAACCUGACCCAAAAUUCUUAUUUAUACAAUAACUACUUAUUUAAUAUCAAUCUAUUACUACUUUAUAAUUCUCUACAGCCCAGGGCCCUAUCACUUAGACAAGAUCGGAU